AUGCUGCUCAAACCAGAUAAAGACACCGGGGUGGUUCUCAUCAACAAAAAUGAUUAUGUUCGAAAGCUCUCUGAAAUAAUUUCGGAUGAGAAAAAGUUCUCUAGAUGCAGUAAAGAGAAGGAUGAGACAGAAAAGGUGGAGGGUGAAAUCACAGGUCUACUUAAGGCGCUAAAGUUACAGGGGCACAUAGACAACGCUGCGUACGGGAGACUGAACUUAUGUGAGUCCACCAUCCCUCGACUGUACGGUCCCCCGAAGAUCCAUAAAGAAGGAGCUCCAACAGGACCUAUUAUGCCAAUGGUAAAUUCCUUAUAUCACGCGAUGGCGCAGUGGUUGGUCGAAUUAUUAGAACCCAUUCGUCGUAGACUCGCCACACACAGUCUCCGAGACAGCUUCCAGUUUGUAGGCAAAACAAAAGACCUGGACCUGCAAGAAAAGACGAUGUUUUCUUUAGAUGUGGUCUCACUGUUCACUAACGUACCCCUGCUGAAGACAGUGGAAAGCAUUUGUGACCAAAUAAAAGCACGCAAUAUGUACGUUGGAAUUCCGGUCACGAUUCUAAAGGAACUGCUAUUGCCCUGCACACGUAACGUCCAGCGUCUAUUUAACAGCACUAUCUAUCGUCAGAUGGACGGGGUUGUUAUGGGAUCGCCACUUGUUCCUUUGCUAGCUGGCUGCUUCGUGGCCAAACUGGAAAGGAGCAUGCUGAGCCAAACUAUUGAAGGAUUAGCACACUACAGUAGAUACAUGGAUGAUAUCUUCUGUGUGAUCGCAAACAUGACAUCCAACAGAUAA